GAAACUAACCCUAAGCUCUUUUUAUCUCCGCCCUAAAGGUAGCCCCGAUUAUUGCUGACUUAAGCAUCAGAGUGUCUACCCCGAGUUCCACCUCGGGGCUUUGUUGGUCAUCCCGGAGUGCAGGCGCGGACUGAAGAAAGACUUCUGGUUUGGUGCAAUUACAUUGGCGCCGUCUAUGGGAAUCGAACUGAAAGCUUUUUAGUUGCUCUUUCAUCAUGGUUCACACUCGAUCAGUCCGAGCUGGUAAUUCAUCUCUGCCUCAUGGGCAAGGUCAACCUCCCACCAACCUUCCACCUCUGAUCCCACCCCAACUUACACCUCAGCUUCCACCUCAGGUCCCCACUAUGUUCCCUCCUAUUGAUCAUGCCGAAGGAGGAGAUGAAAACCAACCCCAUGCCUCAGCUCACAAUUCCACUUCAACUACCAACCAAGACGUAGUGGCAGCUCAGCUUGCUUCCAUGCAACAACAGUUCGCCCCACAACAGAAUCCUCAACUGGUUCAGCAUGCUCCCGCUAUUAGUGAAUCUCAGGGUCAAUCCCACAUCGUACCUGCUCAACAACCCAUCCCUGAUGAUGUCACUCGACACCUCGAUAGCUUGGAAAAGCUAGUAGUUGAACACCGAGGCGCUCCACCCCCACACCAUACUGCUGACUCCAUACCUCACCCUCUGAAUACCAACAUUACAUUGGAACCCUAUCCUGCUGGCUUCAAAAUACCACAACUGGAGACUUAUGACGGGACAAAGGAUCCUGAUGAUCAUUUGCAUGCUUUCUACUCUUGCAUGCAAGCUCAGAACGCCUCUGACGCUUUACCUCCGAGGUCAAUUAGCUCUUAUACAGAGAUGGCAUCUGCCUUUGCCACUAAGUUUUCCAGUAGAAGGUUGAUUAGGAAAACUACUUCUGAGCUGAUGCGAGUUAAACAGAGGGAUGGAGAAUCUCUGAAGAACUAUAUAAGCAGGUUUAAUGAUGCAGUUUUAGAGGUUAGUUCCUUUGAUCAAGCUGUGGGAAUUGCAGCUGUAAUCUCCGAUCUCAAGCAUGACAGGUUCAGAGACAGUUUGAUCAAACAUGCUGCCACCACCUUUAGCGAGGUGAACGAUAGGUCUCUGAAAUUUAUAACUGCUGAGGAGUACACCCUGGCGCAAAACCCACCUCCCACUAAGAACCAGCACCCAGAUUGGAGAGAUGACAAUCCGAGCAGGAAAAGGAUGAGGAUGGCGCAGAACCGAGGUCCGAUGUUGACCUCCCCACCGAGAUUCGGAAAGCCGAACUCAACACCCCCGCAACAAUCUGCAGGUAAACCUCCAGUUAAUUGGACUCCCUUUAAUCUGUCGAGGUCACAAAUUUUUAUGCAGAUCAAUAAUAAGAUGGAUUUAAAGCGUCCUGGCCUAAUGAAAAUUGUUGCUGCUAGUCGAGACCACACCAGAUAUUGUGAUUUUCAUCAAUAUCAUGGCCAUACUACAGAGCAGUGCAACAGCUUAAAGUCCGAACUUGAAAGUUUAGCUCAGAAGGGAAUGCUAAAUGAGUAUAUUCAGAGAACUGAACAGCCGAGGUUUAUCAGAAAACAGAGGCCGCAGCCCCCAGGAGUCCGCAAUCCCCCAAAUAGGCAAGGUGUGGGAUAUCAGCAAGCCCCACCUCCGCUCCCACCCCCAGCCAAAAUCAUACACAUGAUUACGGGAGGCCUUGAAGCAGUUGUUACACCCCACAAUGAUCCUUUGGUCACUUCUGUCAUGAUUAAUAACUGUGAAGUACAACGUGUCCUUGUUGACACCGGGAGUGUACCAGACAUCAUGUACUUCCACUGUUUCGAGAGUUUGGGACUGGAUCCAGCAUUGUUGCAGAAAUAUGAUGGUCCUAUCUAUGGCUUCAACAACCAGCUUGUUCUGGUAGAAGGAGUUCUUACCCUCCAUGUGGCUUUCGGGAGUGGCAAGACCUAUGUGACUCCAUCAGUCCGGUUCCUUAUAGUCAAAAUGCCGUCCUCCUUCAACAUUGUUAUUGGUCGACCCACACUGACUGAAAUCCGAGCUGUGGUUUCCCAGUCUCACCUCUGUAUGAAGUUCCCGACUCCUACGGGAUUAGCAACACUGCGAGGAAACCAAGAGGUGGCCAAACAUUGUUAUAUCACCUCCGUAACACAACCUAUGAAGGGCAAAGAUCCGACACCCGAGGCCAUUCCCCAACCAAUUUCUGAUAACCAGCAAGUUAUGGGCGUUGAGAUCGUUGAUAAUCGCUCGGAAGAUGAAACCAGAGCUGCUCCGGUCGAAGAUGUUGAAGAGGUGCUCAUUGAUGACAGAGAUUCGAGCCGAAAGACGCAGAUUGGAACUAGAUUGAACCCAGAGGAGCGAGCAGAGUUAAUAACCUUUCUCCGAGCUAAUAAUGAUAAACCAGUGACCCAAAAGCAGCGUCUCUUCAGGGGGGAGAGGCUUCAGGUUAUUAAAGAAGAGGCAGAGAAACUUCUACAAGCUGGUUUCGUCAGGAAAGUUGAUUACUGUGAAUGGGUGGCUAACCCAGUCCUGGUGAAGAAGGCAAACGGUAAAUGGCGAAUGUGCAUUGAUUACACAAAUCUUAACCAAGCCUGCCCCAAGGAUUGCUAUCUGAUGCCGAGCAUUGACAAGUUAGUUGAAGCGGCUUCAGGCAAUGAGAGGUUAAGCCUCUUGGACGCAUAUUCUGGAUAUCACCAGGUGCCGAUGGCUCCCGAAGACGAAGAGAAAACCUCGUUCUAUGCUGGCGAUGAAAUUUAUUGCUAUGUCAUGAUGCCGUUUGGCUUAAAGAACGCUGGUGCUACUUAUCAGAAAAUGGUGACCAUCGUCUUCCGAGCUCAGAUUGGCAAGAGUCUGGAGGUGUAUGUCGAUGACAUCGUAGUAAAGAGCCGGAAAGCAGAAGACCAUCUAGCUGAUCUCGACAAAACCUUCAACAACCUCAGAAAGAACAGGAUGCGAGGGAUUGAGGUCAAUCCAGAGAAGAUCAGAGCCAUUGCCGAUAUGGAACCCUCGAAAUCAGUAAAAGAUAUACAGAGAUUGACUGGAAGAGUGGCAGCUCUUCAUCGAUUUAUAUCGAAGUCAGCAGAUAAGUGCCUACCAUUUUUCAAGAUUAUGAGGUCGGCCGCCCAGAAGGAUGAAUCAAGAAAACAGAAGAAAUUUGAAUGGAGUCAGGAGUGCCAAACUGCAUUCAACGAGCUGAAGUCUUAUCUUAACUCGCCACCUCUACUGACUAAGGCCAUCGAUGGGGAAAUUCUUUAUUUCAGUGUACUGCACGGGGCAGAGCUGAGGUAUCCCAUAGCUGAGAAAGCAGCAUUAGCAGUUGUCACUUCGGCCAAGAAGUUGAGGCCAUAUUUCCAGUCACACCCAAUUAUCGUUCUCACAGAUCAACCUCUCCGACAGAUUCUGCAGAAACUAGAAUGCUCUGGAAGAUUAAUUAAGUGGGCAGUGGAACUGGGGGAGUUUGAACUAACGUUUCAGCAAAGAUCGACAAUCCGAGCUCAAGCACUAGCAGAUUUCAUUGUUGAAUGCACCCCAUGUCCUUCAACCUCUAAUCCAGAGCCCAACGACUGGACCUUAUAUGUUGACGGGGCAUCUAGCAGCAAAGGUUCAGGAGCGGGCGCUCUCUUGAUUGGCCCAGAGGGUUAUCGAAGCGAACAUGCUUUGAAAUUCAACUUUGAUGCAACAAAUAACAUGGCUGAAUAUGAAGCUCUGCUACUUGGCCUACAGCUAGCAUUAGAGUUAAAAAUUAGUGUAAUUCAAGUAUACAGUGACUCCCAAUUGGUAGUAAACCAAAUCAACUCAAUCUGCGAAGUCGUUGAUCCUGUGAUGGUGAAAUAUGCAGCCUUGGUGGCCAAGCUGAAAUGCAAAUUCCAGAAAUUCUGUCUGAGCAAAAUCCCCCAAACCGAGAAUGAACAGGCAGAUUCACUCUCCAAGUUUGCCUCUGAUAGCUCUUUAAGUUCUAGAUCUGUUUUUGUCGAGGUCUUAGAUGAACCAAGCUUCAUGAAGCCUCGGGAGGCAAUGAAGUUGAGAAAGAAAGCAUCUCGAUAUACACUCGUUGAUGGGAUCCUAUAUAAGAGAUCUUCCUCACUUCCUCUUCUGCGGUGUUUGAAUCCCUAUGAAGCUGAAUAUGCACUUCGAGAGGUGCACAAAGGUGUCUGUGGAAGUCAUGUCGGUGCUAGGACUCUGGCUCACAAAGUCUUAAGGCAAGGAUAUUACUGGCCAAACAUGCAUAAAGAUGCCACUUACUUUGUUCAGAAAUGCCCGAAAUGCCCGUUCAUGAAAGGGGUCGGUGGUGUAACCCAUCUGGUUGUUGGUGUGGAUUAUUUUACAAAGUGGGUUGAAGCUCGGCCUUUAUCUAGUCUUACUUCCAAGAAGGUCGAAGAUUUUGUUUUUAGCUCGAUUAUCUAUAGAUAUGGGAUCCCGAAUCAGAUUGUGGCCGAUAAUGGAACUCAAUUCAAUUGCUCCUCAUUCCGAGAUUUCUGUUCCAGUUAUGGGAUCAAGUUACAAUUCACCUCCGUUUAUCAUCCGGAGUCUAAUGGUAUGGUUGAAUCUGUUAACAAAUGCAUUUUGGAAGGUAUAAGGCCGAGAUUGGAACAGUAUAAGGCCAAGUGGGCAGACGAGCUCAACAACGUCCUCUGGGCAUACAGAACCACGAGCCGAACUGCCACAGGUGAAACACCCUACCACUUGGCCUUUGGCACCGAAGCAGUCAUUCCUGUUGAAAUAGGAGUCCCAAGCUUCCGGGUCACCCAUUUCGAUGAAGGACGAAAUGGACAACUGCUUUGGGAAAACCUUGAUCUACUUGCCGAAGUUAGAGAAGAAGCUCGGCUUCAAACUCUUGUAUACAAGCAGAAACUAGCCAACUUCUACAAUAAACGGGUCCACCCUCGAACAUUCAAAGUAGGAGACCUUGUUCUCAGAAAAGCUGGCCUAACAGGGUUUGAAACUCGUUUUGGCAAACUCGCCCCGAAUUGGGAAGGCCCUUAUGCCGUGGCCGAGGUGCCACAUCCUGGUGCCUAUGUCCUCCAAGAUGCUGAAGGAAAGAGAGUUCCUAGAGUCUGGAAUGUCAAUAACUUGAAGAAAUUUUACCCCUAAUAAAAUUCUUUCAAGUAAUUUAUGUCUUACCGUUCUUUACGCUUCUCACUUCGUGUUUGUUGAGAUUCAUUUUACUUCUUAUUCUAUGUACCCGAGGUCAAUUAGUUCUUUCAUUCCUUGAAACCUCACCUCUGAUUAAUAAAUGUCACUUCACAUA